AUGAGUGCUGGCCCCCAGCUGCAGCUGGCUGUCCUCUGGCCUUGGCUGCUCAUGGCGACCCUGCAGGCAGGACUGGGCCAGACAGGGCUGGUGCUGGCGGCCGCCGUCGAGUCGGAGAGGUCAGCGACACAGAAGGCCAUCAUCAGGGUGAUCCCCCUGAAAGUGGAGCCCAUCAUACUGGAAGGGGAGUUUGCGAACGUUGCUGAAGUGACUCCGGCCGAAGGAAAACUGCUGCAGUCCCACCCGCUGUCCCUGUGCAACACCAGUGAGGAUGAACACACUGAAUCGGGAUUCAUCACCAUUGUCAAGCUCGAACAGCCAGACCGAGAUCCCAACCCCUGCCUGUCGCUGGCUAACAAGGCAAAGCUGGCGGGGGAACGUGGAGCCCGUGCGAUCCUUUUUGACAUUACUGAUGAUGAAAGUGCUGCUGAUCAGUUGAGAAAGCCCAGAGGUCUGAGUCAGCCCGUGGUUCUCAUCAGGGGCCACGAUGCUGAACUUCUCAUGGGUGUCGUGAACAAGAACAGAGAGGCCCACGUGAAGAUAGAGGUCAAGGAGCCACCAGCUUGGCCAGACUACGACGUGUGGAUUCUUCUCACGGUGGUCAGCACUGUGGUCGUCAUCAUUUUGAUUUUUGUUGUCCGCACGAAGUGUCAGCUGAACAGGACGCAGGACUCCUUGCAGCAGCAGACCAUGCAGGCCAUCGGGCAACUGGCCACGCGCAAGUACCAGGCAAGGUGCCGGCAGGCGUCGCGGUGGGACUCGGCCAGCAGCUGCAGCUCAGCCCCGGUCUGUGCCAUUUGCCUGGAGGAGUUCAGCGAGGGCCAGGAACUGCGGAUCAUCUCGUGCUCCCAUGAAUUUCACCGGGAGUGUGUUGACCCGUGGCUGCAGCAACACCACACGUGUCCGCUUUGCAUGUUCAAUAUUCUUGCCAGAGACUCGAUGGACCAGGCCACAACUGCUGGCUCCAGGCUGGCCCCUCGGGACAUGGAACCCGGACGGCGACUCCACCUUUUCCGUCAGCACCCGGGACAUGCCCUUUACCACCUCCCACACCCGUAUCCUCAGAGGAACCUGAGAAGAUUUCCCCCAGAGCCAGCCCACGGCACCCCC